AUGCCUUUGUUAAAAAGAAAGAGAACACCAGCUUCCUGUCCUCCAAUUACACCUCGUACCUCCGGGCAACGGCUGGGUCACACUGCGCCGUCAGGUCGAGGACUUACCAACUCUAGUCUUCCUUCCCAAGAACCGACUGCUUCAACAGCAAGCCAAUUGCGUACCCCAUUUCCCACAAAUACUGCGAAGGAGACUGAUCGGUCAGCAAGCAUUACUGAUGAUGACUUUCAUGACCAUGUCAUUGCUGCUAUCGACAUGAAAGACCGUGGGACCGUGGGAUGCGCAUACUACUCAGCCGAAGAGGAAAACAUGUAUUUGCUCCGUGACAGUCGCUCGGGCGAUAUGGAGACAGUUGAAGCUCUACUUCUCCAGAUCAAACCGACGGUGGUACUGACACCUCCUCGUGUUGAGCUAAGGUCGGAAGAUCAAAAUCUUUCACAAGAAGAUGUUUCUUCUGUCUACCUUCCUUAUCAGAUAGAUGUUCGUCCGACGACGGAGUUCAGUUACGCAAAUGCAGAAAGCAAUCUUCUGGCUCUUGAUAUCUCAUCUACACAUGAGGAGCGAUUUCGGUUCUUGGUACCUCAUAAUGGCCUUGCCGGACCAGAAGAAACCGACCCGGAAGAGAUGGGAUUUACGCUUCAGGAGGGAAGACUCCUGCACGUCUCGAGUUCCAUCGAUAUAGACAACCCAGUGACGAUUGGCUGCGCAGGAGCCGUGCUCACUUUUCUGCAGCGACGAAGAGCCGCAGCACCUAGCCCUCUUGAAGAAGGCAAUGAAUAUCGGAUCCGAUCGCUGCACAUGUUCGACCUGCGGAACACGAUGUGGAUCAACAGUAACGCCUUCACUUCUCUACAGAUCAUCCAGUCGGAGUCACACCCAAACAUGUUCAACCAGGGCCCUGGGAAGAAGUCAGCAUCAGGCAAAGAGGGUCUUUCGGUCUACGGCCUUUUCCAGCACUUUGCAUCCACACCCCAGGGUAGGGCAAAGCUUAAGCAAAGCUUCUUCCGUCCAAGCAUAGACAUAGAUACGAUUCGUGGACGGCAUGACUUUAUAGGAGUAUUCUCCCGGCCUGGUAAUCAUGCCGCAUUGGAAAAGAUGACGAAGGCUUUCAAACACAUCAAGAAUCUCAGACCUGUCAUGGUCAAUCUCCACAAGGGAAUUAGUACCGGUAGUGCCAAGGUCACAGGGUUCAAGACUACGGUCUGGGCUAGUCUUCUCGCUUUCGCUUUCUACUCCAUCGACAUCAAUGAUGCACUGCAGGAGGUGGCGGGUGGGAACAUUCUGGCUCUGCGAAACAAGGCUCUCCGAGUGUUUGAAGCAGCACAACUGUACCGUGUUGGUCGUAUGGUUCAAGAAAUUGUUGACAUCGACAACUCCGAGGAACAAGGAAGAACAGUCGUCAAGCAGGGAUUUGAUAGAGAACUUGACAGAAUCAAAGACAGAUACGAUGGUCUCAACAGUCUCCUCAAGCACGUGGCGCUGGACAUUGCUGCGACAAUUCCAGGAGCCCUCGACGUCGAUGUCAAUAUCAUCUACUUCCCGCAGCUUGGAUUCAAUAUUGCCAUUCCACUCAAUGAAGAUGGUACUGCGGCUUACACAGGGCCCAAUGAUGAAUGGGAACUGAUGUUCAUAACGGAAAACCGAGCUUAUUUCAAGGACUUCCGCAUGAGAGAGAUGGAUGAGAAGCUGGGGGAUAUAUACGGCAUCAUAUGCGAGAAGGAGAUUGAGAUCGUGUAUGACCUGGCCCAGAGGGUGCUUCGAUACGAAGCUGUGCUUGUUGAUGCCUCUGAUAUAUGUGGAGAGAUUGAUAGUCUUCUUGCCCUCGUGCAGGCAGCUAGCUUUUACAAGCUCACAAGACCACGAAUGGUUGAACAGAACGUGAUCAAGAUCAAGGGGGGCCGGCACAUUCUCCAAGAGCUAACUGUUUCCUCCUAUGUGCCGAACGAUACCUUGCUCGUGGGUGGUAGGGUGCCCAGUCCUAGUGACAGUACUUCAUCCGCAAACCAUAAUCCUAGCAUGUUGCUUUUGACCGGCCCAAAUUACUCCGGAAAGAGUGUCUAUAUGAAGCAGGUCGCUCUGAUCGUCUAUCUCGCCCAAAUUGGGAGCUUCGUUCCUGCAGACAGUGCAGAGUUAGGAGUCACAGACAAAAUCUUGACCAAACUCAAUACACAAGAAAGCGUGUCCAAGGUUCAAAGCACAUUCAUGAAUGACUUACAGCAGAUUUCCCUCUGCCUGAAUCAAGUCACAAGCCGAAGCCUAGUGAUCAUUGAUGAGUUCGGCAAGGGAACCAACGAGAGUGAUGGCAUUGGACUCGCUUGUGGCAUACUUGAGUACCUGCUGAAUCUCCCCAGUCCUGCCAAGGUGAUUGCAGCUACCCAUUUCCAUGAGAUUUUCGAGAACAAUUUCCUUGCUUUGCGGCCUCGGCUUCACCUUGGCCACAUGGAAGUCCGCGUUUGCGAAGAGUCUCAGGAAGUCGAGGACCAGAUCACGUAUCUCUAUAACUUCCGUUCGGGUCGUAGUGACAAGAGCUUUGGUACCAUUUGCGCGGCGAUCAAUGGUAUUGACCCAGCCAUUGUAAAUCGAGCCAGUGAGAUUGCGUCUCUCUCCGCCCGAGGUGAGAACAUUGUUGCGGCUUGUGCUGCUUUGUCUUCGGAUGAAAUGGAAGAUCUGGAAGAAGCGGAUACACUCGCGAGACGUUUUCUGGAGGUGGAUUUCUCUCAAGUUAAUCCUGACCACGUUAAGACGAUUCUCGAAGGCUUCUUUGAGUAA